UCAAAGUUGACAUUGGCCAUGUGUGUGUGUUGCUGCAUCUACUACAGGACUGUUAGAUAUAGCUGCAGUUUGUACUUUAUUUAUAAAUAUUCGUGAAGAUAGUCAUUCAGAUUUUGUGUUUAAAGGCUGGCCUACGCUUUUAGGAGAUUGUUGAUUUCGUCAACGGAUUCGUUUUAAGUUAGUUAACGUUUAAUCAGAAACCCCUGUUCUGCUCCGCGUUAGCUUCCAUAACGUUAACGUUAGUUCAGCUGGUUUUGCAUCUUUUAGCUACAGGAUUUUCUCAUGAUGGCUUAGCGUGACAUGUCUAAAAUCCGACCACUGUUGAGUGCCUUAUUUAACCACAGACUGACGUCAGGGAGAAACCGUAAGCCACCCUGAUAAAGACUGUGUGACUGUGUGUGAACGAGUCUGUUCCUGUUCUGUUCGCAAGACCUUAUUUUAAAUGUGUGAAAACUGUAUUUAAGUAGUGGCCUUUCUAAGUUCUGUUGCAUGAUGAGUGAAGGAUCCAGAGAUGAGCAGACAGUCAAGCUGCUGAAAAGAGCCAAUGAGGAAAAUGAAGACUCUGCUGAGGGGGUGCAGGUUACAAAAAGAAUAAAAACAGAGGGGGAAGCCACUGAAGAUGAAAAGAAGUAUCCCAAAAAGAAAGUGGUCCUCCUUUUGGCAUACUCUGGAAAAGGAUACUAUGGCAUGCAGAGAAAUCCCGGAACCGCUCAGUUUAGGACCAUUGAAGAUGACCUGGUCACUGCGCUCAUUAAAUCUGGCUGCAUUCCCGAAAACCAUGGUGAAGACAUGAAGAAGAUGUCUUUCCAAAGAUGUGCCAGAACAGAUAAGGGUGUGUCUGCAGCUGGUCAAGUGGUGUCUCUAAAGCUGCGGUUGAUUGAAGACAUAAUUGAAAAAAUCAAUGAGCAUCUGCCACCGCAGAUCAGAGUGCUCGGUCUGAAACGGGUAACCCAGGGUUUCAAUUCCAAAAACAACUGUGAUGCUCGUACAUACUCCUAUAUGCUUCCGACAGUGGCCUUAUCUCCAAAAGACUAUGAUACCGGGAAUAUAGCAGCCUUUCGCCUUUCACCAGAGACACUUCAGAAGGUAAACCAUCUGUUUGCGCUCUACAAAGGCACACAUAACUUCCACAACUUCACCUCUCAGAAGGCUCCAAAUGACCCCAGUGCCCGCCGCUACAUCACAGAGAUGUCUUGUGGAGAGCCUUUUAUCUGCAGCAAUACUGAAUUUGCAGUGAUCACCGUGCGAGGCCAGAGCUUUAUGUUGCACCAAAUCCGCAAGAUGAUCGGCCUGGUGAUUGCGGUGGUAAAGGGCUAUGCGAAGGAGGAAGUGAUGGAGCGGAGCUGGGGACAGGAGAAGGUGGACGUGCCCAAAGCUCCAGGACUGGGGCUGGUGCUGGAAAGGGUUCACUUUGAUCGCUACAACAAACGAUUCGGAGGGGACGGGCUACAUGAGCGGCUAGAAUGGGACCAGGAGGAGGAGGCGAUCAAGGCUUUUAAAGAGGCUCACAUCUACCCCACCAUUGUCGAGACAGAGUGUCAGGAGGGCUCCAUGGUCAGCUGGAUGUCUACGCUUCCUAUCCAUGACUUCGAAGCCACAGCAGCUGACACCCGAGACGAUAAGGACCAGAAACAGGACAAUGCAGAUGUAAGAAAUGACUCCGAUUAGGUCACCCUGCCUGCUGAAAUAAGAGACAUUUUCUUACCAGAACAUCUUGUCUCUUUAAUAGGGAAUUAGUUUUUUUUUUUUUUUUUUUUUUAGAAUAACUUCCAAGAUUUUCUUGUUUUUGUGGGAUUUGAUUCUGCUUCUCUUAUACAAAUGUUAUUAAACAAACAACAACAAUAA